CCAAUAUUGAGAGAGGGAAUUGGAGGGGAGUCUUACAGCCACAAUGGGAGGGUACUGGCUGUAAUCCAACCUACGUGGAUCUCUCUCCCUCUCUCUCUUGAGGAUGUAAAACACUUAAAAGCACUGCGAACACAAAGGCUUAUUGCAUCACUCACUCUCUUCUAACUCCACGCCAUGGCUCUAAAACAAACGACGUGGAAACUGCAACCCCCAUCAUGCUUAAUUCUAGAUAUGCAAGGCCAUGUUGCUUUAUACCCAAUCCUUUUAUAGAUAGCUGUUGAAGACACAGUCUCACUCCCUCUCUCAAGAUAGUUUUUGAGGAAAAAUAUAAAUAUGGACUGAGAAGGCCUAUGGACUGCUACUUCAUCACCAGCUGUAUGGACUGCUACUUCAUCACGAGCUCUCCUUUCCUCAGAAACCCAGUCCCUCGCACCCCACCACCCUCCCUCUCUCAUCUCCCCACCCCACCAAAAUGCGUCGCCCCCUCAGCCACCACGACGCCCUCAAACACACUAUAUCUGAACAAACAACUCUCUGCCGCCCUCAAAGAUCGUCAAACUGACAAGGCAUGGACUUCUUACCAACAAUUCAUCGACGCUGAGCUUCCAAGCUCCACAUGCCUAAGCCGCCUGGUAUGCCAACUGGCGUAUCAGGGCACUCCCCUUGCCCUCACGCGUGCCCAUUCUAUCCUCAGCCGCCUUCGAAAACAGCAGCUUGUCCACCGCCUAGAUGCCAAUGCCCUCGGCCUCCUUGCUAUGGCCACUGCCAAGGCUGGCCAUCCCACUCCUGCUCUCUCUAUCAUAUAUUCAAUGCUCUCAAUCGGCCAUCUCCCUCAUGUCAAGGCUUGGAGCGCGGUUCUCUCUCGUCUCUCUACUCCUCGUGAUGCCCUCAAGCUCUUCCACUCUAUCCUUGAGCACCUCAGCUUAAGUCCAGAACCUGCGCUUCUUUCUCUCUCUUAUCCUGAUGUAGCUGCAUUUAAUGCGGUUCUAAAUGCUUGUGCUAAUGCCGGUGAUGCUGUGAAUUUUGUUGAAAUUUUCUCUCGUAUGCCCAAGUUUGAGCUCAUUCCAGAUGCACUCACUUAUAAUAUAAUGAUCAAGUUCUUUGCGAGGAUCGAGAGGAAGGAGUUGUUAGUUGCAGUUCUGGAAAAAAUGUUGGCCAUGAAAGUGGCCCCAUGCGCGACUUCAUUCCAUUCACUUGUUGCAGCCUAUGUCGGGCUUGGGGAUCUUGAAAUGGCGGAGAUUUUAGUCAGAGCAAUGUCGGAGGGACGGCAAGAUGUGUGUGCAUUGCUUAGAGAGAGAAGCCCCCGCACCACCGCUAUGGAGUUUGAUGAGAUUUCAAGCAUGAUCGAGAGUUUGGGUCUCGACAUUUCUCAUGAUUCAUCCUCAGCACCUUUGCUCUUACCCAAGAGCUAUCACCCUGAUUCAAGAAUCUACACCACUCUGAUGAAGGGCUACAUGCAUCAAGGGAGGCUCAAUGAUGUUAUGGACUUGCUUGAGACAAUGGAGAAACAGAGGGAUUCAAGCCAGCCUGAUGAGGUCACUUAUACAACAGUGGUGACUGCAUUGGUACGGGAGGGCUUAAUGGACCGAGCCCGAGCAAUGCUUAGUGAGAUGGCUUCUAGGAAGGUGCCUGCCAAUAGAGUCACCUACAAUGUCUUGUUGAAGGGCUAUUGCCGGCUCGUUCAAAUGAAGAAAGCGGAGGCCCUUGUGGGUGACAUGAAGGAGGCCGGCAUCGAACUCGAUGUUGUUUCUUAUAACAUUCUCAUAGAUGGCUGCAUUGUGAUUGAUGACAGUGCAAAGGCUCUAUCCUAUUUUAAUGAGAUGAGGAGCAAAGGUAUAGCACCUUCCAAGAUCAGUUACACUACCUUGAUGAAGGCUUUUGCGUCCAGUGGUAAGCCCAAAUUGGCCUCAAAAGUGUUUGAUGAAAUGCUCAAGGAUCCGAGGGUUGAAGUGGAUAUGGUUGCUUGGAAUAUGUUGUUAGAUGCGUAUUGUAGGUUGGGCCUAUUUGAGGAGGCAAAGAGUAUCGUUCUAAGGAUAAAAGAGAAUGGGAUGGUUCCGGAUUUAGCUACAUAUGGUAGCCUUGCGAAUGCCAUAGCAAUUGCUAGAAAGCCUGGUGAAGCUUUGUUGCUUUGGAAUGAGAUCAAGGAAAGGUGCAAAGAUGGUGGAGGUGAAGGGCCUCCACCACUAAAGCCUGAUGAGGGCUUGCUCAAUACAUUAGCUGAUAUUUGUGUGAGGUCUGCAUUCUUUAAGAAGGCCCUGGAGAUUGUGGUUUGCAUGGAAGAAAAUGGGAUUGCACCUAACAAAACAAAGUUCAAGCGGAUAUAUGUAGAGAUGCACUCAAGGAUGUUCACUAGUCAGCAUGCAUCCAAGGCCAGGAGGGAUCGUAGGAGUGAUCGGAAGCGAGCUGCCGAAGCCUUCAAGUUUUGGUUAGGCCUUCCCAACUCUUACUACGGAAGUGAGUGGCGACUUGAACAAUUCAAUGGUAAUGUCAAUGAAGGUGACGAUUGAUCUUGGUGGAAACCUGAUAACUGUGAUAAUGAUGAUGGUGAUUGUAUAAUGUUGGUGAUGGUGUUACUAAGUAGGCACAUGAAGAUUGGUGAUGAUGACCACUAGGUAGUCACGAUGCAUUCGUUACAAUAUUAUACUUUCCUCUUAUGGAACGACACAUGAGUCAACAGAGUUGACAAGAAGCAUGGAGGCCCUGAACUAAACAACUCAGUGAGAGAGCUGUGAGGUGAGGGGCUAAGGGAAUUCAGCAAUAGUUAGAGGCCACGACUAUAUUUUGACCAAGUUCCAUGGAAAUGCACAUCUUGAAGUAUCCUAUUGACAUGAGAUUGGUGAAGCAAGUCAGAGCACUGAUGAUCUUUAAUCUAGUUAAACAAAAAUUCUUCUG